AUGUCUCUAGACGACUCACCCAUCACAGAACCUAGCCACAAGCGGGCGAAAACCGAGAGAAAGGACAUGAAUGGGGUAAAUGGUAUUAAAGGCUCACCUCAGGCUCCAUUGGAGCGGGUAACAGAGGCUCUUUUCUCUGCAUCUGUUGAGGCCAAGGUCUGGAGCGUGGCAACUCGCGCAUUAGGAACUCUUAGUCCCCCAGUACUCUAUCCCGAAUACACCGACGCAAGCGGCAACUAUGUCUACCGAACACUCGACUUCUGGACAUCAGGCUUCUUCCCAGGGUCGCUAUACCUCCUCCUCGAACGCGCUAUUCAGUAUCCUCAAUACAAGCCAUUAAUACCCGAUGGCAAAUCGCAAAUCAGACCUCACCACCUCCAGCUCGAGCAUCUAUGCCGUUGGUGGACCACCAACUUACACCAGAAUGCAUUGAAGCGCGACACACAUGAUCUUGGCUUCAUGAUUGCGCCAUGGGCUAUGAAGUCCUGGGAAAUACACCGAGAUCCAGCGGCAUUCAACACACUUAUCAUGGCUGCACACUCCCUUGCAAGCCGGUUCAACGCAACAACGCAGUGCCUUCGAAGCUGGGACGUCUGCAUUACGCAAAAAUACAAAUUCACAGACCCAUCGCGCGACUUCCUGGUCAUCAUCGAUAACAUGCUAAAUCUGGAUCUCCUUUUCUGGGCUGCAAAGGAAACUUCAAAUCGUGCGCUGUAUGAUAUGGCACAGGCACAUGCGCACACAACACGCAAACAUCAUAUCCGCGAGGAUAAAAGUACAUUCCACGUCGUGAACUUCGAUGCAGACACCGGGGGUGUCAAAUCCCGGUUCACGAACCAGGGGUACAGUGACGAUAGUUGCUGGGCUCGAGGACAGGCAUGGGGUAUUCUGGGAUUCAUGCAGACCUAUGAGUGGACACGGGACCCUGUAUUCUUGAACACGGCCAGGGACCUGGCGAAGUACUUCAUUGCGCAUUUGCCGGCUGAUGGCGUGCCAUACUGGGAUUUGACUGCGCCUGUGACAGAGACGAGUCCUCGGGAUACGUCUGCAGCUAUGGUUGCCGCUUGUGGUUUGUUGCUUCUUUAUAAAGCGCUAAAGGGUGGCAUAGAGGCGGAUAACUAUCUCCAGGAAGCGUUCCAGCUCGUUAAUGGUGUUGUCCACACGAAUAUGAACCGGCAAACACUUCAGUUUGGGGUCACCCAUCCCGCACUGCAAGUUGCAGUAUAUCCAGAAGGAUGUAUCGAUGAAUGUGCUAGUGAUGGUUUCGAUUUAUUGUGUGUCUCGCAGAGCUCCAACUCGAUAGUGAACUGCGAGACAAUUCUGGGCGGUGCCACCAUCAACAACUACGAGUUCGCGCCAAGGCGGUGGUCCAACCAUGGGCUGGUGUAUGCAGACUAUUACUUCUUGCUUUUCGGCAAUAUGCUUCUUCGCAUGGGCUUAACCGACCCUAAGUAG